CUGGUUGUGGCACAUCAACCAAUGAGAUAAUUUGUCUUUCUCUGCCGCCAAUAUUGAAUGUGGUGAUGUCAUCUUCGCUACAAUUUAAUACUGUUUUAAUAUAACUGCACUUCACUUUAAAGCAUAUAGGAUUGAUUUUUCAUUCAUUAUCAAAGAAGCUAGUUGUAAACCUCACUUCAAUUCUUGUAUUCUGCUUUUGUUUCCUCAUUUUCUAUCUGGGAAUUCUCUUUGAAAGGAAAAAAUAUGGCUUCUUUAGCAACUGCUGAAGUUUGUGAUUCGAAUGCAGCAAUUCUGGCAAGUGGUGACUUGCGUGUUUUGCAACCAAUCUUCCAUAUCUAUGGUCAAUGUCGAUCAUUCUCUGGUCCCAUUGUCACUGUAAAGGUAUUUGAGGACAAUGUUUUGGUUAGGGAGCUUAUUGAAAGCAGAGGUGAAGGAAAGGUUUUAGUUAUAGAUGGCGGAGGAAGCAUGAGGUGUGCUUUGGUGGGUGGGAAUUUGGCACAAUUGGCACAUAACAACGGAUGGGCUGGUAUUGUAGUGAACGGGUGCAUUAGAGAUGUGGAUGAGAUUAAUGACUGUGGUAUUGGGGUGAGGGCCUUGGGAUCGAAUCCUAUUAAAUCGAACAAAAAAGGCCAUGGUGAAAAGCACGUCCCUGUGUAUAUCACUGGAGCGUUCAUUUGUGAUGGGGAGUGGUUGUAUGCUGAUAGUGAUGGCGUUCUUGUCUCCAAAGGGGAGCUGAGCAUCUAAACAAGCAUUUGAAACAGAUUAAAAAAACUUUUUUCCCAUUUGGGCAUUGUUUGUGCUUUUGCCUAUUCAAGGGAUAUUGAUUCAUGUCUAAUAAAGUUAUUGUGCUGGUAAAGGGGAAACAGUUGACAUAAAGUUGUGAUAAAGUUACACCAUAUUCUGGUCUUGUUUUGUUCGUAA